AAAAGUCUAGAUACCAGGCCAUAAACUCCAAAAAAAAAAAAAUUUAAAGUGCUGAGUGUACUAAAGUAAAUGGUUUUUUAAAUUGCAAUAAUUGUUAAAUGUAAGAAAAGCAUUAAUUAAUGAAAUUUUCACUAAAGCGAUGCAAAUGAGCCGUAUCGGUUCACCAUCGGUCGGUAUGGACGACGACGGUUGCGCAGGACACGCUUUAGGCGACUUCCUUCUUCAGCUUGAGAAUUAUAAUCCAUCCAUACCCGAUUCCGUGGUCGCAUAUUAUUUGAAUUUAACCGGAUUCGAGUCACAGGAUCCGAGACUUGUCAGAUUGAUCGCAUUGGCAUCACAGAAAUUCUUGUCUGACAUUGUAAAUGAUGCACUGCAGCACUGCAAGAUGCGUACGUCGAAUCAAAUAAAUCAAAGCUCCAAAAACCAGAAGGGACCCAAAGAGAAGAAAUAUGUCAUGACCAUGGACGAUUUGGCUCCCGCGUUACAAGAGUAUGGCAUAACAGCAAAGAAACCGCACUAUUUUGUUUGAAAUACAUGAAAUCAAUAUGUGAAAUUGUUUUACUUUAAAAUAAAUGUUUAAUACUGUACAUUC